AUGGCUGCAUGCAUUUAUAUUAAAGUUCAGAACUCAAACGAAUCAGCUCAGAUCCAGCUCUUGUGUGCUAAAACUAAGGUAGCACCAUUAAAACCAGUUACAAUUCCUCGGCUCGAACUAACUGCUGCUUGGAUGCUCUCAAAACUCGUGAAACAUGCUCAAGAAGUGCUCGAAUUAGCUCAAGCUCCUAUCUAUCUAUGGACUGAUUCAUCUCUCGCAGCAUUCGCUGAUCAAGAAGGUAUACUUCGUGUUGGUGGUCGCCCAACAAACUCUGAACUCGAAGAAGAUGAAAUCCAUCCGAUUAUACUCCCCGGAAAAUCCUACUUUUCACAGCUCGUUAUUGAUCAAGCUCAUCGACGAACGCUCCAUGAAGGAACUCAAGUUACUCUCAUUCAUGUUCGAGAAAAGUUUUGGAUCUUAGGAGGAAGAGCUCCUAUUCGGUCAUUUAUCCUGAGAUGCGUGAUCUGUGCUCGAUAUCGCGCUCGACGUGCUCAACAGCUCAUGGGCCAGCUCCCAGCUGAUCGUGUGGUACCAGUUCGACCAUUUCACACUACUGCGGUAGACUAUGCUGGUCCCUUCACGCUCAAGACGUUCCAGGAAAGAGGCGCAAAAACAUACAAAGGCUGGAUAGCUGUUCUUGUCUGCUUCGUGAUCUCAGCUGUUCACUUGGAAUUGGUGUCAGACUACUCCACAGAAGCAUUCAUUAAAGCCUACCGACGCUUUCUCGUCAGCUUAUUAGCUCAGGUUGGGACAAGAUGGAUCUACUCAUCUCCCAGUGCUCCUCACUUUGGUGAAAAGUGGAAAGCAGCUGUUAAGUCGGUGAAGAUUCACCUAGUAAGGAUUCUAAAGACAACUUUACUGACCUAUGAAGACUUCACCACUCUAAUAGCUCAAAUAGAGGCAGUUUCAAAUUCUCGACCGCUCUCGCUGCGCAGUGAUGAUGCCGAUGAUCUACGAGCACUGACCCCAGCUCACUUCCUUCAUGGAACAUCUCAAGGAGUUCUUCCUGAAGUUGCUCAAACUCAUCUCCCUGAAUCACGAUUUACUCUAUGGGAGUUAAUACAACAAAAGCUUCCACACUUUUGGAAGCAGUGGUCCAAAGAGUGCUUACAAGAAUAUCUCUCAGUCUCUAAGUGGAGAAGAGCAGCUUAUGAUAUUGCAGUCGGCUUUCUACUUCUAUCCAUUAAGGAUAACCUCCCUCCAGCUCAAUGGCCUUUAGCUCGAGUCAUCGGUGUUCAUCCUGGACAAGAUGGACUCAUUCGGGUGGUCUCAAUCAAGACUUCAAAGACCACCUUCACCAGACCAAUCACCAAGCUCAUUGUUCUACCAGCGGACAAGUACCGCAAGGACGUUGCGGUAGACGGGGAGUAUGUUGCGAGAGGUUAA